CGCGCGCCGCCCGCCGCCGCCGCGCACCGACAAACUUUAACGCCGACAAGUGCCGGGGACCGGUGCCGGCUCCCGCCCGCUUCGCUCCGAGCAGAGCCCGAGCAUCUCUGGCAACUUUCUCGAGGGACGCCGCCCCCGCCCGUCCGCGGCCCCCCAUGCCGCCGCCGAGGGAACCCCAGCGCGUCCUGGCGCCGCGGCGGCUCCGCGUCGAGGCGAGGGCGACCCGCGCGGGUGCUGGUGCCAGAAGAAAAGAAUGAUUGACGGGAAACAGACAUCAGCCUGUAGACUCUCACCCCUUUGCUUCAGAUACCGAUUUAUCAGUGCAUCUGGGCAUCCCCUGUGAGCCGUGAACACGGAGGAUCACUCAGGGUUAUCGACAGUGUAGCUGAAGACCCACAACUUCACAAAUUAUUAUCUACUGUUGGACAUCUUUUACAAGAAGCCCUGACAAAUAAGUUAUAAGACAAAGGACACGCUCUACAUUGUUGUGAAAGGCCGUCACUGGGGUCUGUGUGGCUUCUACCAAAGUCUUCAACUUAGUAAAACAAACGCUGUAUCCUAAUGCCUCACGUUUAAAUUGGAACCUAUUUUAUAAAAUAUAUACAUGCAUAUGUACAUAUAUCUAUAAUCUAUAGACUGAACAUACGUCAAUACUGAGCAUCUUUACGAAGGUGACCUAAAAGGAUUUAGAGAUGUAUUUGUCAAGAUUUCUGUCACUUCACGCCCUCUGGGUCACUGUAUCUUCUGUGAUGCAGCAUUAUCCUUCCGUGUGGGGACAUUAUGACGUGUGUAAGACCCAAAUUUACACAGAAGAAGGAAAAGUAUGGGAUUACAUGGCCUGCCAGCCAGAAGCCAGAGACAUGAUCAAAUACGUAAGAGUGACUCUGGAUCCCCCAGAUAUAACAUGUGGAGAUCCUCCUGAGACUUUCUGUGCAAUGGGGAACCCCUACAUGUGCAAUAAUGAAUGUGAUGCAAGUACCCAAGAACUGGCUCAUCCUCCAGAAUUGAUGUUUGAUCUUGAAGGAAGACAUCCAUCCACAUUUUGGCAGUCCACAACUUGGAAGGAUUAUCCUAAGCCUCUUCAUGUUAAUAUUACACUCUCCUGGAACAAAACCAUUGAGCUGACAGAUAACAUAGUUAUCACUUUUGAAUCUGGCCGUCCAGACCAAAUGAUCCUGGAGAAAUCCCUCGACUAUGGACGAACAUGGCAGCCCUACCAGUAUUAUGCCACAGACUGUUUAGAUGCUUUCCACAUGGAUCCAAAAUCAGUGAGGGAUUUAUCACAGCAUACAGUCCUAGAAAUCAUUUGCACGGAAGAAUACUCUACUGGAUAUAUGACAAACAGUAAAAUAAUCCACUUUGAAAUCAAAGAUAGAUUUGCUUUUUUUGCUGGACCUCGGCUUCAUAAUAUGGCUUCUCUUUAUGGCCAGCUUGACACAACCAAGAAAUUAAGAGAUUUCUUUACCAUCACAGAUCUGAGGAUAAGAUUGCUUAGACCAGCAACUGGAGAAAUAUAUGUAGAUGAGCAACACCUGGCACGGUACUUUUAUGCCAUCUCAGACAUAAGGGUAUAUGGAAGGUGUAAGUGCAACCUUCACGCUACUGGCUGUAAAGAAGAAAACAAAAGACUACUUUGUGAAUGUGAGCAUAACACAACUGGCCCAGACUGUGGAAAAUGCAAGAAGAAUUACCAGGGCCGACCAUGGAGCCCUGGUUCUUAUCUGCCUAUACCUAAGGGCACUGCUAAUAUCUGUAUACCCAGUAUUUCCAGUAUUGGUAAUCCUCCAAAGUUUGAUAGGAUAUGGCCGAAUAUUUCUUCUCUUGAGGUUUCUAAACCAAAUCAAGUUGCUCCCAAAUUAUCUAUGACAACUGUUUCUUCUGUUCAAGUUGCAAACCACAAGAGAGACUGUGAAUGCUUCGGGCACUCCAACCGGUGCAGUUACAUCGAGCUGCUCAAUACGGUCAUUUGCGUGAGCUGUAAGCACAACACUAGAGGUCAGCACUGUGAGUUAUGCAGGCUGGGCUACUUCAGAAAUGCUUCUGCAGAGCUGGACGAUGAAAAUGUGUGCAUAGACUGUUAUUGUAACCCUUUUGGUUCAGUCCAUGAUCGCUGUAAUGACAGAGGAUUUUGUGAGUGUAAGGAGGGAGCAUCAGGGCCUAAAUGUGAUAAAUGUCUGCCGGGAUAUAUCUGGCACAGCUUGGGCUGUCAACCAAAUGUGUGCGACAAUGAGCUCCUGCACUGCCAGAAUGGAGGGACAUGCAUCAACAACGUGCGGUGCCAGUGCCCUCCAGCCUACACUGGCAUCUUAUGUGAGAAGCUUAAGUGUGAACGGGAUCCAGGAGGCUGCAGCCAAAGCUCCACCCAGGGGGCAAUAUCCCACAGUCCCUUAUUACUGCUGAUGGCCCUACUAGGAGCAGCCAGACUUCACAUGUGCUAGGCUUUGUUUGGUCAAUGGCAUUGUAUUUGGACUGCUUCAAAAGAACAUGCCACAUGAAAACAAAACAAAAUCCAAGUGUUUGCUACUGAAAUCUCAAAAAGGAAAAAGAAAGAAAAAAAUAACACAUACAAACUUGGAAGGCCUAACUGAACUAAGCCAUAUUAAUCAGUUAUGGACGGCACUCUGAGUCAAGACUGCUCACCACAACCGGAGAUGGGCUGGCAGCUCCUGCUCUGCCCAAUCAGUGCUGGCUGCCAGGCUCACAGAGGACAAACAGCUUGGACAGCCCCAAAACGGGAAAAGGGAAACGAAAAACAUUUGCUACUCCUCUCUGGUGCGCUGCUGUACCUCCGCCCAGUGUGUGGACCAACCAAAUAAAGGCAUUCUUUGCUGUCAGUGCAUUGUGGGUAUAAGGAAAUCUGUAAAAGCUGCCAUAUUGGCCUGCUUCAGUCCCCGAAUCCUCUCCAACCUGUGCUUUAGUGAACGUUGCUCUGUAACCCUUGUUGGUUGAAAGAUUUCUUUGUCUGAUGUUAGUGAUGCACAUGUGUAACAGCCCCCUCAAUAAAACUCAAGCCAGUCAUAUCCUUGUAUACCUUAGCAGCACCGCAUCAGUACGAUGCCGUGUUCACCUACUGUACAAGAGUGGCUAUAGGACAAAAAGUGUAUUUAUCCUUUUGUAUUCAAAUGAAGUUAUUUUUCUUGAAAUAAUGUACAAUGUAGAUUUUUUGUAUUAUUGCCUAUUUGUGUUACCAGACAAUUUGUUAAUGUAUUUAAUUCUAAUCAGAUAAGAGAAAAAUUACUUUUUAUUUAGUCCUUUUCUUUUACCUUUCAUUUAAUUGUGCAGAGAUUUCUCUGUAUGGGCAACGUGCUGGCAUCAAAGAAUAUCAGUUUACAUAUAUAACGAGUGUAAUAAGAUUCCACCAAAGGACAUUCUAUAUGUUUUCUUGUUGCUUUAACACUGAAAGAUUUCCAAGAAUAAAAAUUCCUGCAUAAACAAUUCCAGGAUCACGUAGUACUAUUUCUUCAGACUUUUUCUGGGGGUGAUAGAUGAUUGUACCGUCUGAUACAUGGUAGAAAAACAGAUUCAACAGUGAAGAUUACUGCAUGAAAAUCUAACCUGGUUUUAAUUUUUACUGUAUUUCUGCAAACCAUUUUAAACAAACUUGCCUAAGGAAAAUUUCAUCAAAUCCUAAGCGUGGGAGAGGUAUGAAAAGUUGAAUAGUUCUCAUCUUUGUUCUCUCAAGACAUCACAGGAAUUAUUUCAAACUAAUUCACAAAGCAUUACAGAAACUAGUCUUUAUAUCACAGAGUUUUCAUGGAUUUUGGCAGUAACAAAAUAGAUACAGCCACAGCUUGUUUCUCCAAAAGCUUCAUUAAAAUGAUACGUUUAUAUAUGUACUAGUCUGCCUUAGAAACUGCAAAAACAGCAGCAACCAAAAACAUAAGAUUCAACAUUUAAUAGAGUCAAAUUUAAUAUUUAGAAGGACUGUCAAAACGUACAGCAGCUUGUAGAUUAGAAGCGCUGCUCCAGCAAAUAAAGUUGAUGUUAAGUAUUGCCCAGGGUAUAAUAAAUUCUUGCCUUUGCCUUUAUUAGGUCAAUUACUGAGUGUGACAGAAAUUAAUAGCAAGAAAAGAUAGGUAAGCCAAAACCUCAGCAGUGUUUCAAAGCCCUGGAAAAAAAUAAAUAAAUAAAUAAAUCAAGAGGCACCAAGACUGUGUGAAUUCAUUUCCUGGCAAUUUUCAUCAUAAUGGCUUUAAAUAGUUUACCAACAUAAUCACCUCAUCUAGAAAACAGUUAAUUAGCAAAAAAAAAAAAAUCCUGAGAGAAAUAAAUUUUACCUGGUUGCCGGUGAGCAGAGCAGAAUUUAGGGCACUGCCUUCUUGGAUAAGCUCUUUUGCUGAGGAAUGUUUUUCAGGCCAGUACUUACUCUCAAGAAACAGGCAGACACAGCAGGCCUUCAUUUCUUAAAGAUUCUGAUGACUGCAGCAAUUCAGAUUCACUGCAAAUUCACUGCAAUACAGAGGUUGUCACCUUGACCUUCCAUGUAGAAUGUUUACUGCUCACACCAGAAUUCUCUUUUGGUGGGUGGGCUACGAUAAGAAUAAGACAAAUUUAGAGCUUGGGUGUCUACUAGCCAUGGUCUACAUUAGAUUACAGGUAUACAUUAAAAGAAUGUUCACAAUAAUAAACGGAAAAUUAUAAUGCAGACUCAAUGAAAAAUAUAGGUGCUAAUACAGGUAAAGGCAUUAGCUAUAAUUAAAUAGACUUCUAAUAUUAAAAUGUGUAUUUUAAUUUUUCUUACGUUUUAUUAGCACAGACCAAAUUUGUGUUGUGUAAUAACUGGAAAAGAUGCACUUAAACUGCCAUUACGAACUCAAGACUUUGUGAAAGUGCUAAGAAAGCAUGUUAUGCACGUUUAGUUAGAUGGAUGAGAUUCUGCCAGCAGUGCUGAAGUGUAGCAAAUAUCAGAUUGUAAUCAAUUCAGUUUCAUU